UUUUCUCAAAAGCAUGGUUAUGUAGAGUAUAAACGCUCAAACCAUUUUAUCAACAUGUUAGCUGUUUAGUUUACACAAUCCAACUUGAUAUACACCGCGUUGGCCUACUUUAUUCGUGGUGCUGAAUAUUUCGCAAAAUGCAGGAAUCAAGUGAAAUUUGUACAAUAACAGUAAUUGACACACACCUCUUAAAAGAUCAAAACUUUUUGUAACUGAGUGACUUUGACACAUCACAAAUGACACAAUGUCAGUCCAAUAACGGUAAAAAAAAUUAACGGCUUAGAUUGGACUAUCAACUAACCGCAGGAUUGCCAACUUAAUCGAAAUCGAUUAAAGUGUGUCCUAAAAAAAUCUCGGAAAAAAUCCCAAUUUGCUGUACUUUAUAAAGUACAGCGGGCGGAAAUGGGUUAAACCAACAACUGCUUUACAUACUUUCUCACACUUUACACCCACACGCUUAUCACGCACUCAACAUACACACAACAUGCAUUCCUACAUUCAUUGCUAGUUUUACUUUCUCCCAUUCUCAUUAAAUGUAAAAUAUUAGUUAAGCUUUAAGCUAAGAAUAGUCUUCGUAAAAAUAGGAGUGAAAUAAAGUUCUUUGACAGAAGAAGACGUUUUACUCAUUAUUAUAUAUUAUCAAUACUUUUAAUAAAAGUAGCGGGGAAGACUGGCGAAAGAGGAAUUUCGUGAGUCGUCACGGAGAAUAAAAAACAAGAGCGUUGAAUAUUUACUUGAAAGUUUUUCUGUAGAAGAACUUGAAUAAAUAAACAGGUACGUAACUUUCACCGGUAUGGAGUAGGAAACUACAACACAGUUGCCUGUGUAGCCAGGAAUUAUUACGAGUCCGCUUGGCUGUCGUUGUAGAUAUUUACUUCCUUGACACUUAUUACACAAGUGAACAGCCAAUAAUCUGCUUCUUUGAUGGCAUCUACCUCCAUUGGAGCACACUGCAGUGGUCAAGUAGGUAGGGUAGGUAAAAGGGCAAGAGUGACAGAGGCACACUUCAAGUAGCACUUACGUGCCGUUUUGAUACUAUAAUGUGGACCAUUACCUGUGCAAAGAAAAGUUAUGGGAAGAGAAAACCUUCUACAGCCAUCCAGUGCUGUUGAUGUAGUGGAGAAGAGAAAAGGGAUCUAGGCUGGAGAAUUUCUUCAAGUCAUCCCCAAAGGGCUCGCUAAGGAAUUUCAAGCGCUUAGCCGCCAGAGCUAGACAUUUGCAGAGAAAAAACAGUCUCUUUCUCUGUAGGAUUCCCACAGCUUCUGCAAUAGGAGUUGUACGGAAUUCCAAGCUUCUCCGCAUGAGUACCCAGUGGCGACGCUAAAUAAACGAGUUACCUAUUUAUUUUCGUUUCGCCAAUCAUCCUGGCUUCGCCCUAAUGAGCGUUUUCACACACACUGCCCGCCACGAUAUUUGUAUUGGGUGAAAAUGAUUGUAAGUAAUGUGUGUGGCAUUUAUCAUUUAUUUAUUGAUUGAAUUCAUGGGUGCAGGUAAACCUAUGAAUGCAAUAAAUAAAUCAGUUAUACGUGCAAAAGAUCUUAGUUUAGCAUAUAUACUAACAUAAUGUGUGUGUGUCCUCUUCAUUAUGAGCAUGCAAAACCAAUAUCGAGCGCUCGAUUUCGCGCACGGCACACGAGACUCUGGACGGGGAAUCUUCGUGUUGUUUAGUUUAUUUAUCUAUAUUUCAUUUGUCUGUGAGAGUAAUUUUCUUCAUACGGCAACUUGCAGACUCGCAAGCGCAAAGUUUCUUUUUAUUGUAUUGUAAAGUCAUCACCCCGACGUUCUAGUGCACAGUUCUAGUGGAUAAAAGUUUUACGUUAUUUGUUAUUAAUUUCAUACCUAAUGUUAAGGUAAGUCAACAUAAACUAUUUAACAACUUUAACGAUAGUAUUAUAUAUUACAACCCAAGGCCAGAAAGUUGGAUUUCCUGGCGGGUGUGAGAUGGUGGCCGAGACGAAGCCGAGCCGACCACGAAAGUCUAGUAAUCCGCUAGAGCGCGCUGCGGCUCGAGAGGGCCUCAAAAGUCGCUCUUCCUGGAGUCAAAUGCGGCCAGAAAGACCGUACUUUCGGCAGAGUGAUCAUGAAAAAUUGUUUCGUCAAAAUCAAUAGUUACCUAUGUACCUAUAUCUUUUAUAAGUCGUAAAUACUCGUAAUAUUAAUAAAGAAAUAGAUUCAAUUUUAUAUUUACCUAGAUAAGUAAAGUACCUACCUACUUAUUUUUAAACCUGCGCUAGUGUUUUUUCUCGAAAUAAUAGAAAUAUUUCGCCUCCCGACCAAUGCCUUCGAGUAUAUUUUGUAUGCGUCAAAAUUCGUAACAUUAUUUUCAGUUCUUUUUUCAUACAUACCUACAUCUCAUGCGGUGUUCCUACAAUAAGUACAAAAUCAUAUGAAUGAAUAGGUACCUACAACGAAUUAUUUCACUUCUCCAUAGAAAGACCUUGCUUAUAAUAAGUUGCUUUUGCAUUACGUUUUCAACAAAAUAAGUAGGUUGGUACUACUUACCUUUACCUUCUUAAUAGUGACUAUAAAAUAAAAAUAUUAGAUCUGUGGCAUGUACGUACAUACAUAUACAGGGUGGUCACGGAUGAAGUGCAAAUACCAUUGAGACCGUCGGGCCGCGACAGAUCAAGGUGGCGUUCUUAGGGGAGGUCUAUAUCCAGCAGUAGAUGCCUACCGGUUGAGAUGAUUAUGAUACAAAGUUGGCAGCUGACUCGUAAAUUUUGUAUAGUCAUUUUUUUCAUUUCCGACAAAAAGUUUGCCAAAAAUUUUCCGCGUAUGUAUCGUAAUCCAUGGUUUUCGUAUUUUCACUUUAUCCAGAACCUCCCUGUGUAAUAAUCAUCAACCAACUCUUAUAAUCUGUAUCCUGUAACAUUGCGUUCUUACCAAACUUAACUAAAAAAUAUUUAAGGUUAUCAUGUCUAGAGGACCCUCUAGAGACAGAGAUGUAGAAAGAAAAUGGGAAUCCGGUGCGUCAAAAAGAAAAAGAAAGGCUGAAACGGUUGUAUCCAACCAAGCUCUGAGUUCCAGUAUGAUGAAAUUUCUUAAACAGCCUUCUUCAGGUGCCACUGCUUCAGAGUCAUGUGAUGAAUCUUUCAUUUCUGAAACAGAAUCAGCUACAUAGUUCAAUGAAACUUUUAGUCAAAUUUCUGAUACAACUUUACCUUCAACAUCGAGUGAAGCUGCUGUGGCCCAAAUUUCUGAAUCCAAUAACGAGUUGGAAAGUGAGUAUAUGUGUGAGUCAGAAAAUCAAGAGCAAGACGUUCAUUUAAGCGAGCCAUUAAUAGACCUAGAUCCGGGGAAGUGGGUAUUGCCACUAAAUGAUGCGCAGCGCCAUCUCUUAAUUCAAAAUGGUCCCGAUCAAGACCUAGAGUGAUCUGAUGAAAAUUACCCAAAAGACCAAAGUAAAAGACAUUUUUCUAAUUAAAUUUCAUUAUACUAGAAAAUUGAGUAACGGCGAAACGCAACAUCGCAGAUGGUUAUCUUACUCCAUGUCUCAAGAUAAAGUUUAUUGCUUUCCAUGUAGACUUUUUUCACAUUUGCAGACACAAAUUGUAAAAGAAGGAUGUUGUGAUUGGAAGGAUCUGAGUCGGAUACUGCAAAGACAUGAACAAAGUCAAGGACACAUGGAGUGCAUGAUGAAAUGGACGGAACUCUUUAAAGGAAUCAAACAUGGUAAAGCAAUAGAUAAGGAUAACGAAAGAUUGAUUAGGGAAUCCCAAAAGUAUUGGUAUAAUUUGUUUGAAAGAUUGAUAGAUAUAAUAAACUACUUGGCCUCACAGAAUUUGGCAUUUAGAGCUUAUCGAGAAUCCUUCAAAUUGAACAAGAGUAAAAAUUCUGGCAAUUUUCUAGACUUAGUUAAGUUGUUAUCUAAAUAUGAUCCGACAUUACGGGAUCAUAAGCAACGUAUUAAUGAAAAACAACUUAAUCAACUUUAUCUGAGCCACGACAUCCAAAACGAAUUAAUUACUUUAAUGUCUAAAUUAGUUAUUAACGAAAUUAUACUCAGGGUUAAACAAGCAAAAUACUAUGCCAUCUUGCUCGAUUGUACCAGGGACGUAAGCCGUGUUGAACAAAUGUCAAUACUAUUAAGAUUUUGCAAUUUGUCAACUGGAGCUGUAGAAGAACAUUUCAUUGGGUUUAUUGACGUCGCAGAAACAACAGGAGAGUGUUUAACAAAAUCAAUAUUACAAGAACUGGAAAGAAAUGAUCUAGAUAUCCAAAACUGUCGAGGACAGGGAUAUGAUAAUGGCGCCAAUAUGCUCGGAAUUAGAAGAGGUAUCAGAACAAGAAUACUCAAUAUAAAUCCAAGAUCAUUCUUUACACCAUGCGGAUGCCACAGUUGGAAUUUACUUUUGUAAGAUGCAGUUAACUCUUCAACGACAGCCAAAACAUUUUUCGGCUUUAUCAAUAAAAUCUUGUGCUGUUAUCAAAGUCAAGGAAGCGUUGGGAGAUAGUAAAAAGUAAAUUAAAAUUGACUUUACAAACUCUGUCUGAAACGAGGUGGGAGAGUAGAAUGGGAGCAGUAAAAGCAAUAUUUUUACAAUUUGAUAAUGUCAUCGAAUGUGUAAAUGAACUGAAAAAUAAAACUGACGAUUCCGAAACUCUAAGCGACAGUGAAGCAGUCCUAAAGAAAAUGUUAAUUUUUGAUUUUAUUGUUGCAUUACACGUGUGGUAUGAGGUUUUGCUACGUGUAAAUAAUAUAGGUAAACUAUGGCAAUCGGUUCAAGUCAACUUGCAAGUUGCUAUUGAUAUUUUACCUUCAUUUUGUAGCUAGAAUCAAGAAUUCCGAAAUACAGGAUUUGAUAAAAGCUUUACAGAAGCUAGAUUAUUUGUGGAGAAAAGUACUUAUGAAAUUCAGUCUCAAUUUAAGGAAAAAAGAAUAGCCAGGAAAAAACGAAUGCUUAGUUACGGACAUAUUGAUAAACCAGUUGAAUCUCCUGAAAUGCAGUUCAGAGUUAUUUAUUUUAACACAAUGGUAUAAUAUGCUAUAAUAGUCGAUACCGAAUGUCGAUUUACAGCGCUCAAUGAAUAUUUUGAACAAUUUGGUUUUAUUUAUGAUAUCAAUUAUUUGAAAUCUAUGCCAAAAGAGGAUCUUCUCAAACAUUUUACUGAUUUAGGUACAAGACUUCGGAAAGGCGAAAACAGUAAUAUACAGCCUUUCGAGCUAUAUGAAGAACUUCAACUUUUAAAAACUAAUUCACUAGACUCUAUCAACGACGCGGAACAACUCAUCCAAUACAUUUUAGAAAAUAAUUUAGAAAAAAUAUAUCCAAAUGUUGAUAUUACAAUUAGAAUCAUGCUCACAGUCGGUCAGCACAGCUCCCCCUGAGAGAAGCUUCUCAAAGUUGAAAUUGCCAAAAACCUAUUUGAGAAGCACAAUGAGCCAAGACAGACUAUCCGCGUUAUCAGUUCUGUCAAUCGAAGCUGAAAUAGCGGCUAAAAGCCGAAAAGUUCGACUAUUUUAAUUUUUAUGUGUAAUUAUUUUUUGUCAUCAUUUUAUUAACAAUAAAACUCGUCAAACUCAUAAAUUAUUUUAUAAUUUGACUCACUUAAUUUUACGGUGUUUUUCACUGCGAAGUAAAGAGGCCUCGCGAAGUUGAUGUCGCCGACGUACACAUUUGGUCUAGCGCCGCCACUGUGAGUACCGAUCACCCAGUCAUCAGUGAACACCGCGAUGAGUUUGGAGAUUCAAUAGCGAGGGAUUUCCAUAACCUUAAGCGUUCUAUUUCUAUCGUAUUGAGGCCAUAGUGUUUUCGAAAUAGCGCACGAUGAUACAGACCUCCAUUUGUCUUGCGCUUUUCCUAGAAAGACAAACGAUGAGUACGCCCAACCCUCCCCUUGAUUGAAUGUGAGUCGAAAAUGUCCUACUUGGACUAAGCGAGGGUUUAAGCGCUAGAGUAGGAUUGGUUCGAAACGCCCCACUGAAUACAAUGAAAACAGACCUCUCCCCAGCUUCUUCACCGAUGCCGUCCUAUCCAGUGAGUUUCACUUGAUAAGGACCUUAUACAACAGAAUGGUCUUAAUAAUACUAUUAUUAUGCUGUCAAACUCUAGGUGAGAAGACUCAUCUUAUGCGCCUAUACAUCCACAUAAAGCGACUAUUGCCUUUCUUAUCCGCUCCUCAAUGUUGGGUUUGCACGUUAGACUUCUGUCAGAGAGAGAUCUUGAGAGGUUUCACCGAUUGACCGUAAUCCGAAGUCCAACUUACAACUGCGUUUAGAUAUACUAUACUACUAUACUUUAAUUGGCGCGUACACUUCUGUUAGGUGUUUGGCCGAGCUCCUCCUCCUAUUUGUGGUGUGCGUCAUGAUGUUGCUCGACAAAUGGAGGGACCUACAGUUUCAAGCCGACUCCGAACGGCAGAUAUUUUUAUGAGGAGCUUUUUCAUGGCAGAAAUACACUCGGAGGUUUGCCAUUGCCUGCCGAGGGGCGGCCGCUAUUAGAAAAAUGUUUUUUUUUUAUUAAUUUUGCUUUCACCGAGAUUCGAUCCAACGAUAUCUCUGUGAGUUCCGAAUGGUAAUCACGCACCAACCCAUUCGGCUACGGCGACCGCCUGAUUAGAUAUCCCUGUAUUAAAUUGUAAAGAGUAUCUAUAAACUUUCCUCUAAACACUAAUGCCCCAUAAUCCACGUAGGCAACAACCUCGCAGCCAGUACUUUUCCCUACCUGCCGCUUAGGUCUAAUAGAAAACCCCCGUAGGGAGGCCCCCAAAACAUCUGGAAAACUGUGGGAGGCCCUCCAUAUUCACAGGUUUCAUCUUUACAGGUUCCACCUUUAGUGCGGUAUAAUCUGAGUCUGUUACGGCUUCUUAAAAGGAAAGGGAUCGAUUAUUUCCAUAUUCAUACUUUGCUGCACAACCAAUAUAUCAAACAAGCUAGUAGAGGCAACAAAAUAUUAGCAGUAGCUCCGUUCCAUAUUCACGAUCUCUCUUUAGGCUAUGGUUAGCCGGUUCAUUCACCGGAGAAAGAAAGGAAAUAAACAACUGCGAAAGAAAACAACAGGAAAACCAAAACAAAUAUUUGCCAUGGCAAAAAUAACGGCAGACACGUUGGAGAUUUUGCAAGUUUCAACAGUGCAGUCAACGGCACCACUUUUUUUGUAUGUAUGUCAGUCUGCAUAAAACGAUCAGACGUAAUUGUCACGCAAGAAAUAAUUAUAAUAAAACUAAAAGAAAGGAACCUCAUUUCAAUAGUUGCAAUCUACACAUGUGUCCUACCUAACAAGAGCGGAUUCCCACUUGAAUCCUCUAAAUUUAAGUUGGAAGUCGAUUCCCAUCCCAUCAGACUCCCCACGGACUCGAUUCCCCUCGUCGAUUCCACCGCUUUAUCAUUCCUAAAAACUACGACCGCUGGGCUUACGCCCAAGUGAAGAGGUGAUUUUGCCCCUCCAAUCUAAAGUGAGACCCUCUUUGGGUUCAGCCCUGAAAUCAUGGUACCUGUUUUGUUAUUUUCAUUCUAGGGUCCCACUCCAAUCCCGGCAACCAUGAGGGCAUUUAGGUGAAACGAAGCGGGUCGCUUGAAAGAAAAAACUUAUGAUGAACUACCAAGAGUGGGAUCUGCCAUGAAUAACGCUCUUACAGAAUCGGUAUUCACACCAUUAGGUGCAGUCAAAAAUACCAUUUCCCUAAAAUACCUCCUAAUCGCGGAUUAAAGAUGGAGAGACCAGAUGAAAUGCAAAAUUAGCAGAACAUAAUGGCCCAUCUCAAGCAAUCGUCGUCAUUGAUAAACAUGAAGUGACGGGACGCCUGUAGACUAACGGCAGUCAUAACUGGCUUUUGGUCUAUCGGAGAACAAUCAGCCAAAAUGGGCAUCCCUCAAAACACAUACUGUCAUAGUUGUAAACAAAAGAAGAAAGAGGUAACAGUCGUCCAUUUCCUCUGUGAAUGCCCUGCCCUAUGGAAGGACAGAAUGUUAACCCUGCCCCAACCGCUGUUCGAAAGUCUGGAACAACUGUCUGGCAACAACCUAAUAAGGUUCUUAAACCGUACAAACUGGAUAUAGUCUUGCUGUAAAUAACUGUUAAACAAGAUGGUAACGAGGCCACAAAAUGGUGCGGAAGCGCUGGUUGGAUUCUGGAUGAAUCACCAUCUUAACCAACCAACCAACUCCAAGCCACUAUCCAAGACCAGUAGAGCGUAGUUUUCUCUUAAUGGUCCCAUUGUUGUCUAUUCCACGGUAGAGAGACCAUGAACCAUGACAUAAGCAAAUUAGUUAAGAAAAACAUCAUAAUGUUCUUCAACGUUUUCUGUUAGCCGCUAUGUGUUGGAUUUAGUUCCAGGUGGUGGCGGAAGGACUCUCAUGGGAGAUCCAAGUUUGGCGAGGGCGACCUCUGCAUCAGCUUUCUUGCGGAUUCUAUUGAAAAGCCAUUUUGACAAUAUUAUCAUCUUCCCUACAGAAAGUUUGUCCAAUCCGAUUCGAUUUUCGUAUUUUUACUUCGAAAUUAAUUGCGCAGCUUUUAGUAAGAAGAAGAAGGCCCAUGUUGGAGAUUGUUCUCGGCCGAAAGAUACGGCAUAUAAUUUUAAGGCAUUUGUUGACAAUCGUUUGAAGACGUCGAAUUGUAUUGAAGAUUUUAUGUUUUACUUUUAGUGACAGGGUGCGAGAUCAUCCCAGUCUGCUAAGCUUAUGAAACGUUGUUCAUACUUUACAAAUACGAGCUGCCACAUCUGCAAUUGUUUGACAUCUGCCACCUUUUGAGAUUUGGCUACCGAAGUAGCGGCACUCAUCCUCAUCAUCGAUAAUGAUAUGGCGCUUUCGCCAUUAUAUACUUGUAUAAUUUCUAGCCGCCAGAUAAUUAAAA